GUCUAAGUUGUUUACAUUAGUUAGUCGCGAUGCCAUCGCCGGGCGACCAGCACGCGAGUGAUAACAGUGACGUGCACGUUGUCGAUAUCGAUGCCGAUAUCGAUCGGAUCAUUAGCGGUAUCGAUAAGAAGGAUUCAGUCGUGGUGCAGAUCGAGAACGGAAACAUGAAUGGAAACGGAGCAAUAUCAAGUUCAAAGCCAAAGCCGGUUAACAUUGAGGAGGUAGUCCAAAGGGCAAGAGACACAUUCGCUCGCGGCGUGACCAAACCGCUAGCAUGGCGCAAGCAACAACUGAAGAACCUCUUACGUAUGUACGAGGAGAACUACAAUGCUAUGGUCGAAGCCCUGCACAAGGAUCUGAGGCGAUCCAAGAUGGAAGCCGUGCUGCUGGAGGUCGACUACCUUAUCAAUGACUUGAAGAGCAUGUUGCAUCAUAUUGAUGAGUGGGCCAAGCCAGAACAUCCGCCAAAAGGCUUCGUGAACAUGCUGGACGAGGUGGUGAUCUACAACGACCCGUACGGCGUGGCGCUGGUCAUCGGCGCGUGGAACUACCCGCUGCAGCUGCUGCUGCUGCCCAUGGCCGGCGCCAUCGCCGCCGGCAACACCGUCAUCGUCAAGCCCAGUGAGCUGUCCGUCGCCUGCGCCAACUUCGUGGUGGAGACGCUGCCGAAAUACUUGGAUAAUGACGCAGUGCAAGUGGUAGAAGGAGGUCCAGCAGAGACAACAGAACUGCUCAAGCAGAGGUUCGACUACAUCUUCUACACGGGCGGCACCAACGUCGGCAAGAUCGUGCACGCCGCCGCCGCCAAGUUCCUCACGCCCGUCACUCUCGAGUUGGGAGGCAAGAGCCCAGUGUAUAUCGACAGCACAGCGGACCUCGAGGUGACCACGAAACGCAUCCUCUGGGGCAAGUUCAUCAACUCGGGCCAGACCUGCAUCGCGCCAGACUACAUACUGUGCAGCAAGGAAAUUCAAGAUAAAUUUGUGGCCGAGGCCAAGAAAGUUUUGAAGGAGUGGUAUGGCGAAGACCCGCAGAAGUCUCCCGAUCUAUGCAGGAUUGUGAACAGCAGGCAUUUCAGCCGCCUCCAAGCCCUAGUUGACGCCAGCAAAGACAAGAUCGCCAUCGGCGGCAAAUACGACGCCCAGGAGCGGUUCAUCGCGCCCACCAUCCUCACCAACGUGACAGGUUCCGACAAGAUCAUGGAGGACGAGAUCUUCGGGCCCAUCCUGCCCAUACUGCCCGUGCAGAACGCUUAUGAAGCCAUCAAAUUCAUCAAUGACAGAGAGAAGCCGCUGACGAUGUACGUGUUCAGCAAGGACAAGGCGCUGGUGUCCACUAUAGUGGACAGCACCAGCUGCGGCGGCAUGUGCGUCAACGACACGAUCAUGCAUAUGGGAGUUGAAACGCUACCCUUCGGCGGAGUGGGGUACAGCGGCGUGGGCGCGUACCACGGCAAGGCGACCUUCGACACGUUCACGCACAAGAAGAGCUGCCUCAUUAAGAACUUCUCGCCCAUAGGAGAGAAGCUCGCUUCCGGUCGCUACCCGCCGUAUACCGACGGCAAGCUGAGCUUCAUAACCACGCUGAUGCGCAAGCGUCACGGCCCCUCGCUCGCCGCGCUGCCCUACCUGCUGUGUGUCGCGCUCGGCGCCGGACUCACAUACGGCAUCGUGGCUUGGAACAAGGCUGUGUCUGAGGAGCUAUAGGCGGGUGGACUCUAAACAGACUCAAGAAACGAAGUACCAGGGAUAUUUGUGAUAAUAUUGUUUUAUAAGAAACGUUAUAUCUUUACUACAGACGGUCAAGCAAAUCUUGUCAGUAGAAAAAGGCGCGAAAUUCAAAUUUUCUAUGACGCGAUAUCCCUUCGCACCUACCUUUUUCAAAUUUGCCGCCUUUUUCUACUGACAAGAUCAGCUUGACCAAGUAUAUUAACUAUUUUAAAUAAUGAAACUAUAAGUUUGCAGGCAUUCCGCUCAACUUUUGCAUUUAUAUGUUUAUUUUUUGUUAUGUAUUGUUUGCUGUAUCAUUGUUUUUAUUAACACGCUUGCCAUCUGCUACAAUAAUUUUAUAUUGAUAUUUGGGUACAAAUGUUCUUACUUACUUAAAGGUUUAUACUGAUCUAAUUUAUACCUAUAAAAAUCUAUAUUAUUUUUAUUCUCAAUCUAAGUCACUAUUCCACUAACGAAGUUACUUGUACAAAAAUUACUAUAUUUGUUUUAGUUAAUGCGGUAUCCAGACGGGAUGAUCAAAUCCACCGAUUUAAUCAGAAAUGUAAUUGGCGUCAAAGUACAAUUUAAUCACCAAUUUUAGAUUUAUGGUGAUAUUAGAGCCCUCUAAAUUGAAAAAAUGCCCCAGAACGAAAAUACUGGCGUCACAAAUUAGUAUUCUUGCAUCCGCACCUCAUUUUAUCGGUAAUACCGGUCAUUAUCGGCGGUUGAAUUCGGCGAGCCAAAUUGGCGUUUGCGUCCGCACGGCCUGAUUUGAUCGGACAAUUUAAUCAGUUUGGCGAAAAAUUGUCCCCGUCUGGACACGCCUUAAAGGUGAUGGUUUUUGAAGAUUUGUGUUGCCUACCUUUGAAAUAAAUAUUUCUUACAAUUGGUACAGCUUGGCAAAAAAGAGUAGAAAUUAAAAAGUGGCAACACUCUAUUGUAGUGUCGUGCCUUUCUAACCAAUUCAUAUAAGAAAACGGAACGACACUACAGUAUUGCCACUUUUUAAUUUCUACUCUUUUUUGCCAAGCUGUAGGACUAGAAGCGAUGUAUACGCGUCGCGUAGGUACCAAUGUUUUAUUAAAUCUUUAAGAGGUUAGAUUUUAACUGUGUGAUUUUGGUUGGGAAGUGUAGGGCACUUGAAAUAAAUUUGGUACCUACCUAAUAAACAAACACAUUUGAGAAAAGAAGUCCUUAAAAAGUUUUAUUUUUAGGUCCUUGCGUGUAUGACUGACAUAAAACACUCUUCCCUCUCGCACUUAAUACAUAAUUUGACCAUAGGAAGAAAGGAGUGCACAUGUCAGACAUAUACAUACGAUUUCUCCUACUCUGUUAGGAUCUAGACAUGACAAUGGAAUGGCUGUGUAUGUUUUUAUUGGUUGUAUAAGGGACGUUGUAAAGAUAUUUCAAGAACAUCGUAAUAGUUAGAUUAAAUAAUUUUUAAAGCAUUACACCAUACGUAACACUUGUACAAACUAUUACGAUGUAGGUACCUGUAAAAUAUUUGGUAAUUUUGGUAUUCAUGUUAUUCAUGUAUAUAACAGCAAAUAGCUUCACCUGACGGAAUGUACCAUAUGGGAGAAACAACACAUCAUUAAAGUGCCUUAACAGUGAAA